CAUCUUUCAUUCAUCUGUGGUCGUCUGUUGUCUCCAGUUGUCUCGUCGUUGAUUAUCAGGGUUGGGCAGAAUUGCAAAAUAUUAAAUUUUCCUUCUCAAAGUGGACUCUAGUAGUGUUUCUUUCUUCAUUUACAAUCAUUAGUACUACAAGCAACAUAAAGUUAAUGCGUGAUGUCUGCUGAUAAUAUCGAGAAGCUAUACGAAAACUACGGCAUAUUGGCCGACGCCAAAGAUGACAUUUCAAAGCAUGAAAAAGAAUAUUUAGAAAUAUUGGCAGCCGUAAAGGGAUCGGAUAAGGAGAAACGUUUGGCAUCCCAAUUCAUUGCGAAAUUCUUUCAUAGUUUUCCUAACCUAUCAGAACAAGCCAUUGAAGCUCAAUUUGAUCUCUGUGAAGAUGACGAUGUUGCUAUUAGAAAACAAGCUAUUAAGGAUUUGCCAGUUCUCUGCAAGGAAAAUAAAGAGCACACUCAAAGAAUUGCUGAUAUAUUAUCUCAGCUCCUACAAUCUGAUGAUACUACUGAGAUUAAUGUAGUGACUAACUCGUUGAUGACGAUCCUGAAAGGAGAUCCAAAAGGGGCUCUUGCUGGAAUUUUCUCACAGAUACACCAGAGCACAGACAGCGAAGUCACAAAUGAAAUUGUAAGGGAGCGUUGCAUUAAAUUCUUAGCUACAAAAGUCAAACAACUUGGAAGGGAAGUAAUAAACAAGGAAGCAGAAGAUCUCAUUAUUGUUGAAUGCAAAAAAAUCUUAGAGGAUGUUGUGGCAGAGGAAUUUGAACAUAUUAUGGAUUUACUGACUUGGUCCAGACUUGGUAAAACUCCAGCAGGAAAGAAAGAAUUAGUGCAGCUUGUGGCAGCGAUAGCAUUCUCCCCAGAGGAUUGGCAUCCAGAAGAUCCAGAAUAUGUUGACAGAAUUAUACAAUGUUCUCAGCAUGCUCUACCAUUAUUUUCUUCCCAGGUAGACUCAUCACAGUUUGUCAAUUUCUUCUCUGACCAUGUACUGGCCCGUUGGGAUGAAAUAACUACAGCUGAGGGUGGUACUGAUUCAAAAUUGGAAUUACUAAAAAUUUUUGCUGAAAUCUCUGAACACUGUGGAGAAAUUGAGAACAUGCAAGAAAAAAUAAACACUGUUUAUGAUAUACUCAUGAAAUACUUGCCAGAAGCUCCAGUAGAAAAUGAAGAAACCAACACAGAAAAGGAUAAGGUUGAAUCAGAAAAUAAACAAGAAGAAACUUCAGCUGUGCCAUCUUUACAAUUCUCACAUGUAGAAUGUGCAUUAUUUGCCCUACACUCGUUGUGUCGCAAAUCUCCUGAAAUACUUGGUGCAGAUGCGGCUCGUCUGAAGGCAUUGCGUUUACGUCUACAGUAUACUGCGAGAUUAACACAGGGAUACAUAAAGAAACUGAAAGAAGUCACACAGGGCAAAAAGGGACAAGAUGCUAACUCAGAAGAAAACAAAUUGAAAAUUGCAGCAUUAAAGACAACAUCAAACAUCAACGUUCUCAUCAGAGACAUAUUCCGUACUCCACCAAGUUUUAAGAGUAAAGUACAGCUCUCAUUCCAGUGUACCAAAAAACCUGAGAAGGAGGAAAGAAAACCCAGCACUGAAGAUAAAGACAAACCAGCUCAAGGACAAAAACGACAUCAACCAAUCACAUUUGACAAUGGUGAUGAAAAAUCUUCACCGGAAAAACGAGCUCGCAGUGGUGAUAGAAACUUGAAAAUGUACACACCACCUUCUGGCAAAUACAGUUCAAGGCUGAACAAUACUGGGAGAUUCUCAGGGCCUAACUCUGGUCGGGGGCGAGGGGGGUACGGUAGGCGUGACUUCCGAAACAAUGGGGCGCCAUACAGGCGCCGUAGCAAUUAUUAAAUUUGAAAAUUUUCAAUAAAUAUUUAAAAAAAUUAUUUAAUCAUAUUUGGUGCCCUACUGUCUGAAAACAACAAAAGUACAAGACAGUAAUUUAUAUUGAAUAAAACCAAAUAUAUUUCGGGCACUUGAUUCAGACAGUCUGAUAAUAUGGCAUUAUUAUUGAUUGAUUGAUUCUUGUUAAAUUUUGAGAUAAUCUUCAAAUGGAUAGAUGUCUUUUCCUGACAGUUCGAAUAUAUCGCCUGAAUAGGUAUUAAUCGUUCGCGAUCGCAAUGGCAGUAAAACGGAUUUUGAAUAUCGUUCUGGGUUUUCAUAGAAGUUCCUGCAGGUGGAGUGCAGAAUUCGCUGAUGCUGUUUAGUUUACAGUUGUGAUCCCGUAAUGCAGCUAUAUAGCACUUCAAAAGUGGUAUACAACAGACUAGUUGCAGUUGCUAAUGGUAAAUAUUGGGUCACUCAAUUCCACUAUAGGAUGAAAUAACAACAUAGUUGAAAAGACUGCAUCUUCGGUAAGUAUUAGCUUGUAAGUAAAAUAAAGCGUUUGCAGAUUAGUUGCUGUAAACAGUGUUUGCAGUUAAGAACUAUAGAAUAAUAACGGUAAGUAAACUAAGUAUAUAUAAAACUGGUCCCGGGCAGUAUAUUGAUUUCUGCAAAUCUGUCAAGUGAAUAAACAAACUUAGCAUGGUAAGUUUUUAGGCUGCAGCAAUUUAUUUGUUUCAGAUGAAUUAUUUCUCAACUCUUAAUUUCGUGCUACCAUUUCAGCUUGGAUAAUUUGUGUAAUGGUUGACGUCUAACAUCAUGAACAAUAAAACUUAAUAUUAGAUUAUGGUAUUUUUAUUAUAAAUCUGGUU